UACGUUGCCGCAGGGAGGCCGCCCCGGCCCGGCUAGCCGAGCCAAUGCUGGAUCUGGAGGUGGUACCUGAACGUUCUCUCGGGAACGAGCAAUGGGAAUUCACGCUGGGAAUGCCUCUGGCUCAGGCAGUAGCCAUUCUUCAGAAGCACUGUCGCAUCAUCAAAAAUGUUCAGGUCCUCUACAGUGAGCAGUCUCCUCUCAGCCAUGACCUCAUCCUUAACCUGACUCAGGACGGGAUCAAACUACUGUUUGACGCUUUCAAUCAGAGACUUAAGGUGAUCGAAGUAUAUGACUUGACUAAAGUAAAGUUAAAAUAUUGUGGAGUGCAUUUUAACUCUCAGGCCAUAGCGCCCACCAUUGAGCAGAUUGACCAGUCUUUUGGCGCAACCCAUCCAGGAGUGUACAACUCUGCUGAGCAGCUCUUCCACCUCAACUUCAGAGGACUGUCUUUCUCUUUUCAGUUAGACUCAUGGACCGAGGCUCCCAAGUACGAGCCCAAUUUUGCCCAUGGCCUAGCUUCUCUUCAGAUUCCCCACGGAGCGACUGUGAAACGAAUGUACAUCUAUAGUGGAAACAGCCUGCAGGAUACCAAGGCUCCUGUGAUGCCCCUGAGCUGUUUCCUGGGCAAUGUGUAUGCUGAGAGUGUAGAUGUUCUUCGAGAUGGAACUGGACCCUCAGGUUUACGACUUCGCCUCCUUGCCGCAGGUUGUGGACCUAGCCUCUUGGCAGAUGCCAAGAUGCGAGUAUUUGAACGUUCAGUGUAUUUUGGUGAUUCCUGCCAAGAUGUUCUCAGCAUGCUUGGCUCUCCACACAAGGUCUUCUAUAAGUCAGAAGACAAGAUGAAAAUUCAUUCUCCUUCCCCUCAUAAGCAAGUUCCAUCCAAGUGCAAUGACUACUUUUUUAACUACUUUACUCUCGGGGUGGACAUCCUCUUUGAUGCGAAUACACACAAAGUGAAGAAGUUUGUCUUACAUACCAAUUACCCUGGGCAUUAUAAUUUUAACAUUUACCACCGCUGUGAGUUCAAAAUCCCACUAGCCAUAAAGAAAGAAAACGCAGAUGGUCAGACAGAAACAUGCACGACCUAUAGCAAGUGGGACAACAUCCAGGAGCUCCUGGGCCACCCUGUGGAGAAGCCUGUGGUCCUGCACAGGUCAUCCUCCCCAAACAACACCAACCCCUUUGGCUCCACGUUCUGCUUUGGUCUUCAGCGGAUGAUCUUUGAGGUCAUGCAGAACAACCACAUUGCCUCAGUGACCCUCUAUGGCCCCCCCAGGCCUGGUGCCCACCUGAGAACAGCAGAGCUUUCCUAGGGACACCACCACACAUGCUGCUGCCCCGUGGAACUGUACACCAUAUCCUACACAGUGGCCACGAGUGCCACCCUGUGGGAUUUCUUGGACACCUGGCCAGUGUUGAAGGGCUGUUGUGAUGUUCUGAGGGGGGGCUUGGCCAUGGUGCUCUGCAGCGGGAGGAGGGUCCAGAUUAUUCCUCUGUCCAUCCUCAGCCUAUGGGCACCAACCAGCAGAGGACACGGACUGCCAAGAGAAGCACAAACUCUGAGCCCUGAUACCUGGACCCAGGAGCUCUCGACCAACACACGAGGAGGCAGGGUUCUGUCAACCCUGUCCCACACACAUUGGGAAAACUUGGGCUCUUUCUGUGGCUGAGGACACAGACAUCCUGGACGAAGAUAAGGAGUCUUGCCUUUCGCCACACCUUGCCACGUGACCCUUACAGCAAGCAGGUAGCAUGUCCGUAGUACUUGGUUGUGACAUUUGCACUACAUCCACUUCAGUUACUUGGUGAGCUGGCUGUGGCCCAUCUGGCCCGCCUGCCCUUCCCUGUUCUUUUCUUGCACGAGCUCCCUGCCAGGCCCAGUAGGUACCCCCAAAUGGUUGAAACACAGCCUCCAGGAACAUGCCCAGGCUGGGUCUCCUCCCCUCUCGGAGCCAGCCUUCAGAGUCACCUUUGCCCCUGGUCUGCCCCAACCUGGCUGACAGGGCUGUAUGUUUCCAUUCUGUUUGCCUCUUUUAUUUGAUGCCAAAGUUUUAGCCAAAGACAUCUUCCUUCCUUUGGUGUGUUUCAGCAUUCUUUUCUGCACUGUGGGCUGGCUCCCUGCUGCUGCCUUGGGCAGUGUCCCCUGGCCAGGCCUCUGGGGGCUCAAGGAGGGUCUGUUCGGUCUCUUCAUGGGUCUUGCUAAGGAAAGUAGCAUAUGUGCUUUAAAAAUAUUAACCUUUUGAAAAGAAUUGAGGAGAGAAAUAGAUAAUUUUAUCCCAUUUUUAAUAUUUUGGUCUAGCAACUUGUGAUACAUAGAUGACAAUUUUGUGAGUUUUUCAAGUGUGUGUACAGAUUUUUGUAAAUAUGAUUCUUUUGUAAUUAACUCAUGUACAGCCUCAUCCUGUAUAGUCUAGUGAUGAAUGCGCAGGGGACCUGCCCCAGGCUUCUGUGGUUCCUGGGCCAACAGCCCAGGGCUGUUGUGGCACUCCCAUGACUUUAUGACUUGACUGUGGUGUCUUCCCAUGUGGACCGUGGCCUGGCCAGAGACUCCCACACAUCCCAUCAGGGGCAGCCAGGACUGUUCCAUCCACCUUCCUCAUCUCUAUCCUUACCCGCCCCAAUAAAGCACCUAUGCCCUGAGCAACUGCCCACCAUGUGCUG